GUAAGUCUUAAGAAACAAAGUGAUUAGCACAAAACUAUUAUACAACUACACUUUACAUUAUUUUUGGGUUAUCUAAUGAGUUUGUGCCAGAGAAGUGAAUGUUGCAACAAUGAUUAUCAUUACAUUAUCUUUCUAAUUACAACAACUAAAUAUUAACAAAUGUAAUGUCAAACAAAACUCAAAAAGACUCAAAUCCGUCCUUCCAUUUUCCUCGUCUCUCUUCUUCCCCGUAAACCCAAAAACAAUCUCUGCAAAGUCCUCGGUUCUGAUGGAGCUUUCAGAAACCUAUGCUUGUGUUCCAUCGACGGAGAGAGGUAGAGGAAUUCUGAUCUCUGGUAACUCGAAGUCCGAUACCAUCCUCUACACUAAUGGUCGAUCCGUCGUGACUCUCGACCUUAACAAUCCUUUAAAGGUCUCUAUCUAUGGUGAGCACGCUUACCCAGCUACUGUGGCGCGAUAUUCUCCGAACGGAGAGUGGAUCGCGUCUGGUGAUGUGUCGGGGACUGUUAGAAUCUGGGGAGCUUACAACGAUCAUGUGUUGAAGAAUGAGUUUAAGGUUUUGGCUGGUCGGAUCGAUGAUCUUCAGUGGUCUGCUGAUGGGAUGAGGAUCGUUGCUUCUGGUGAUGGCAAAGGCAAAUCUCUUGUUCGUGCUUUCAUGUGGGAUUCAGGAUCAAAUGUGGGAGAGUUUGAUGGUCAUUCUAGGAGAGUUCUUAGCUGUGCUAUCAAGCCAACUAGGCCGUUCCGUAUUGUAACUUGUGGGGAGGAUUUUCUGGUGAAUUUCUAUGAAGGUCCUCCUUUUAAGUUCAAGCUCUCAAGCAGAGAGCAUUCCAACUUUGUCAACUGUGUGAGGUUUGCACCAGAUGGAAGUAAGUUCAUUACUGUGAGUUCAGAUAAGAAGGGAAUCAUAUAUGAUGGAAAGACUUGUGAGAUACUGGGAGAACUGUCUUCUGAUGAUGGGCAUAAAGGUAGCAUCUAUGCAGUCAGCUGGAGUCCUGAUGGUAAACAGGUGCUCACUGUUUCCGCAGACAAGUCAGCCAAAAUAUGGGAUAUAUCAGACAACGGUAGUGGAUCAUUGAAUACAACAUUGAACUGUCCUGGAUCAUCAGGUGGAGUAGACGAUAUGCUUGUUGGGUGUCUGUGGCAGAACGAUCAUAUUGUCACUGUUUCUCUAGGUGGCACAAUCAGCAUAUUCUCAGCAAGCGAUCUGGAUAAAUCCCCCUUUCAGUUUUCGGGACACAUGAAGAACGUCUCUUCCUUAGCUGUGCUUAAAGGAAACGCUGAUUACAUAUUAUCCGGUAGUUAUGAUGGACUGAUAUGUAAAUGGAUGCUAGGCCGUGGUUUUUGCGGUAAAUUGCAGCGGACACAAAACUCUCAAAUAAAGUGCUUUGCUGCCCAUGAAGAAGAGAUCGUGACCUCUGGAUAUGACAAUAAGAUAUCCAGGAUCUCCUAUAAAGAUGAUCAAUGCACAAAUGAAGAGUCUAUCGACAUUGGAAAUCAACCAAAGGAUCUAAGCCUUGCACCACUCUCACCCGAUCUCCUUCUGGUGACCUUUGAGUCAGGAGUUGUGUUUCUUCGUGAUGGGAAAGUAGUGUCAACCAUCAACCUUGGGUUCAUUGUCACUGCUUUGGCAGUAACACCUGAUGGAACCGAAGCUGUCAUCGGUGGCCAAGACGGUAAACUCCAUUUGUAUUCUAUUAAUGGUGACUCCCUCACCGAGGAAGCAGUUCUCGAGAGACACAGAGGCGCCAUCAGCGUCAUACGUUACUCUCCAGAUUUGUCUAUGUUUGCAUCAGCUGAUUUGAACAGAGAAGCAGUUGUGUGGGACAGAGUCUCCAGAGAGAUGAAACUCAAGAACAUGUUGUACCAUAGCGCCCGCAUAAACUGCUUAGCUUGGUCUCCAAACAGCACUAUGGUUGCCACAGGAUCCUUGGACACGUGUGUGAUUGUGUAUGAAGUGGACAAACCUGCUUCGUCACGCAUGACAAUAAAAGGAGCUCACUUAGGUGGAGUAUAUGGUCUGGGUUUUGCUGAUGAUUCCCAUGUAGUGAGUUCUGGUGAAGAUGCUUGUAUCCGCGUCUGGAGCUUUACUCCUCAAUAAGACUUGACGUAAAUUAUAAAGAUCUCUGGACAAGUCCUAUCUUGUCUCUUUGGAAAGCUUCUACUACUUUUGAAGGCUUUUUUUGUGAAUCUUCCGUUUGGCCGUGGCUGUGUUGAUGUGUGUGUCUGUUUUUUUUUUUGUCUGCAUAUCUUUUGUCAAAAAUGAAUGCUCUGUUUUGGUCUGAAACUGAGAUCUUGAGUCAGAUUUUUUUUCAUUAUCAGAAGAUUACUGAUACAGAAUGGGACUUGAGAUUGUGCUUUCUCUCAAUGAUUUUUGGGCUCUAUAAUAUUUGUUCUUCUUACAAAAGUUGUUUUCUGAAGUAGAUGAAAACAGAGGAGAUUUUUCAAUUAAUUUAUCUGAUCA